GUGGGAGUCGGAUCUCCGUAUGCGGUGAUAGCUAUGGAUGGCGGCAGUUUCACCUUGCAGUUGUACAACGAAUCGGGAGAGUCACAGGGCGUGGAAGUGUGCGAGGACAUGGACGCGCAUUUAGAAAGCAGCAGAUACCGGGCGAGCCUGUCGGCAGCAGCAUGGCAAUACGUGCCGGACUCUCAAUUGUCCGGUGACACACGAUUCCAGUUCGUGGCACGAGCCGCGGAUCCCCGGGCCGCUUACAUCGUGGGGUUGAUGGACUCAUCAUCGCCCUUUGGCCGGGGGAUGUACCCGCCUCAGUCGCAACCUCGGGGCACGCAGUCGUCCAUAGGUGGAACUGCCUUCCAUUCUCCGCAACCACAUGCUGGAAGGGGGGGAUCUUCAAGGACGGACGCGGGGGCGUGGGGGAGUAAUCCGCAGCAGUCGUCGCAACCAUCAUCACAUCAGCUGCAAUGCAUGCCGCCUUUAGCGCAGCCUGUUGUCAGCCGCGGCGUUGUGGGUGGUGGCGAGACCUUUGUGAAUGGCAGGUCAUCUCCGGUUGAUCAGGGCUACCGACAACAAACUCCAAUGGGGCCGGGUACCAUACGGAGCUCAUUCACUCAUGACAAGGGGCAGGCGUUACGAUUGGAUGGAGGACCGCAUGAAGGAGAACGGGUAUGCACGCACAGGAGAAGAUUGCCGAAAGAAAUGGACGGAGCUACAGAAAAAGGUUCGGGAAAUCAGGGAUGCAUGCGAUGGAUCGGGCAAACAGCCAUACUGGAUCUAACAACGGAGGAGAGAAAGAAAUUGAACAUCCCCAUGACUUUCGAGCGGCCGUUGUGGGAUGCGAUGGAGUGGUACCGCCUGAAGGCUGCUUUCACCAUGGACAACACAAUGGCGUCUGAGGAGUUGAGAGGGAUGGGUUCUGCAACUGCCAGCGAGGCGGGGUUAGAGGGUGGGGAAACAGAGACUUCAGGUGGCGCACCGAAGACUCGGAGGACGAACUCCGGGAAAGUUCGUGGUUCUGAUGUCGGGCAAGGUGUGUCGGCGAUGACGGCGGCUAUGGAGGACACGAGCCGAAGACUGUGCGACGGUCUGGACACGGCUGCUGGGACGUUGGCUUCGGCUACCACAGAAGGGGCGGCUUUGAUGGUGGCAUGGCUGGGCGACAUGGCAACGGAGAUCGGCCAUGUCGCGGGGGCAAUGCGGCAGGGGAACUCCGUUUUGGACGAGCACGACGGGUGGUUCAACCGCCCUUUGGAUGCGUUCGGCCGGGAAAUAACGAAGAAAUCAUACCGUUUCUACGACGUCGACGUUAACGGAAGAGCUGCCGUGGACAUUGAUGCUCCCCUCGGUUUUCGGAGGCGGUCAUUGUCACAUGUGCUCCUAUGGGUGAAGAAGACGGGGGAUUUCGUCCCCGACGAGCAUACGUCGAUGCCUGACAUCGUCGGAGAUAUCGUUGAGAGGUUCGUGGACAACCUCGCGUCCGAGCACGCUUCGAGUUUGGAUAUGGGGGCCUUUUACUACACUUUCUUCGACCCCCCUCUUCUCCCCCGUCAUUAUCUGCAUGUGGAGAUAAGGCUUUGAAUCAGCGCGUGGUGAUUCCUCUAUCGCUGGCUUGACACGUGGCAUCCGGUCCGCGACUUGCUACGUUCCUUGCGCCCUGACGUUGUGUUCCCCUUCG